CGGAAGGGGGAGGAGGCGGGGAGGAAAAGAGGAGGAGGCGGAGGAGAACUGAGCAGAGCAGAGCAUCGAGCCAAAGGGGAGAUGAGUUUGUCUGUCCUCGGCUGAGGCUUCGGCCGGGCCUAGAAAACUGGGAGCGCGGGUUGGAGCGACACCCGUGGAAGUGGGAGGAGGUGACUCUGGGACUUUAACCCGUUGUGAGCUCUGCGGCAGGGGAUUUAACCCUUUGUGGAUCCGGCCCCUCGGAGGCAGCGUCAUCGGGGUAGUUUUAACCCCUUCGGGGCUGGGUUUAACCCGUUGGACUUCACCUCAGCUCCUUGCCCACCAGCUCCUCGAUCGUGGGGGCGCUCCGCGGGAGGCUUGAAGCCCACCCCCUCCGCACAUUACGUACUGUUCCAGCCGCUGCACCCUCUUGGACCCGCUAGCUGGUCGCGCUGAGGGCACUUAACCCUUUACUGACUUGAGCUCCCCCAAGUUGGACUGGAGUUUGCUGACAGGACUGGUUGAAGGCGUCACUGCAGGACUACAGGGCAAAGGGGACUAUUGGACAUUUUUUAAAAGAGAAGAAACACCUCUUUUUUCCUUAAGGAUCUACAGCCAAAUUUUUUCAAACUUCAAGAAGAGGACUCUUAGCCAUGGCCGAGCCACUCCUGUCAGAAUAUCAGCACCAGCCUCAAACUAGCAACUAUACAAGUGUUGCUGUUCAUGAAGAGCGGAACCCCGAGCACCCCCCAAGCACGGAGGAGCGGGUGCCCGAGGAGGACAGUAGGUGGCAAUCAAGAGCGUCUCCCCAGUCGGGUGGCCUUCCGGGGCAGGAGGGAGAAGGGAACCUGGGGCCCCAGCCGCCUCCCCUGCAGACCCAGGCCUGUCCAGAAGCGGGCGAGAAGGGCCAGAACGGGGACGACUUGCCGGCGGCCGGUGGGGAGCCGAAACCCGAGGCCGGGCCGCUCGCCCAGCCAUGUAAUGAUUCCGAGGCCAACAAGUUAGGGACUCCUGCCGCCAGGGGCCAGGAGUCGUGGGGACAGCAGCAGAGACAGCUGGGCAAGAAAAAGCAUAGGAGACGCCCCUCCAAGAAGAAGCGGCAUUGGAAACCGUACUACAAGCUGACCUGGGAGGAGAAGAAAAAGUUCGACGAGAAACAGAGCCAGCGAGCCUCCAGGAUGCGAGCCGAGAUGUUCGCCAAGGGCCAGCCAGUCGCGCCCUACAAUACCACCCAGUUCCUCAUGGAUGACCACGACCAGGAGGAGCCGGAUCUCAAAACCGGCCUCUACCCCAAGCGGGCCGUCACCAAAUCCGACACCAGCGAUGAGGACUUUAUGGAGGAAGCGGGCGAGGAGGACGGGGGUAGUGACGGGAUGGGAGGGGACGGCGGCGAGUUUCUGCAGCGGGACUUCUCGGAGACUUACGAGCGGUACCACGCGGAGAGCCUGCAGAACAUGAGUAAGCAGGAGCUCAUCAAGGAGUACCUGGAGCUGGAGAAGUGCCUGUCGCGCAUGGAGGACGAGAACAACCGGCUGCGGCUGGAGAGCAAGCGGCUGGGCAGCGAUGACGCGCGGGUGCGGGAGCUGGAGCUGGAGCUGGACCGGCUGCGCGCCGAGAACCUCCAGCUGUUGACCGAGAACGAACUGCAUCGGCAGCAGGAGCGAGCGCCGCUUCCCAAGUUUGGAGACUAGACUGAAACUUUUGGGGGGAGGGGGCAAAGGGGACAUUUUACAGUGAUGGAAUGUAACAUUAUAUACUUGUGUAUAUAAGACAGUGGACCUUUUUAUGACACAUAAUCAGAAGAGAAAAUCCCCCCCAGCUUUGGUUGGUUUGGUAAAUUUAGCUAUGAUGUAGCUUGCGUGCUUUUUCCUGUUCUUUAAUUAUGUGAAUAUGAAGGGUUGCUUUUCUUGUUUUCCUUUUUAUUAAUUUUUUUAAUGUGUAAGUAACUUGACCAAGUUAUAAUGCAUUUUUCUGUUACAAAACCCCUCCUCCUUAAACGGAGUUAUAAGGUGGCCAAAUCUGAGAACCAUCAAAUUCAUUCUAGUUAUAAUAAAUUUAAUAUUUGUAAAUGUAA